UCCUUCUUGUACCGGCUCAUGUGUGCUGAGGCCUUUAAGGGAUGUGCUGCAGCCCUCACCUCUUCCUCAGAGUGGUCUGACAGACCUUCACCACACUGAUCACAUCCUUCACUGAACGACGAAACUUAUGCAUCCGAGCUGCUACCAGGAGAGCUGAAGAGGAGGAAGAGGAGGAGCAUUACUGUCUGCUUCACGCACAAUGCCAUUUUUAUUUGUUGCUAUGGUGACAGCCUCCAUGUUGUACCUGCUCCACAGAGUCCGGAGGGUCGGCGUCCUGUGUGCAUCCAGUCCCUCUUCAUCCUCUGAACGAGACGAAGAGCCGUCAUGGAAACCUCGUGAGUCUUCACCCCGAACUCCAACAUGUGAGCAAAGCGAGGGAUGUACAGGCAGGGGUCUGAAGAGGAGGAGGAGGAAGAGUGCUUUGCUGUUAUUAUCUAUACGAUAUGUAAACAUGGGGUCAGGGUUCGUUACCGGGGCCAGGACAGUCCACUUUAUUAUUGUGACAUCAACAGAAAUCGAAAAACAAUCAUUCAGUUCAUUCAAUUUUAUUUAUAUAGCACCAAAUGACAACAACAGUCGCCUCAACAAGACCCUGCAACAAUACAGAGGAAACCGACCAAUCAGACGAGCCCCUAUGAGCAAGCAAUGGGAAACAGUGGGAAGGAAAACGGAAUAAACCUGCGGGCUGGCAGUCAUCUGCGGGAUGAGGGAAACAGGCCAGAAAAGAAAUCUAUGAAUCAAUCUUUUAAUUCAAUAUCAUCUUCAGCUGCUCCUAAAAUACAUCAGAUCAUUGAGACACGGCGUAUUUAUAUCAACGCCGAAGCCACGUCAUACUGCAUUCUUAUGGCGGAUGGAGGAUACUUCUUCCUGGUUGGUGGCUCAUUCCGAACUAUUCCGGUGGAGAAAGCCUUACUGGUCUUAUCUGUUGUCUGUUAGAGUCUUUUCGUGACAGGGGAGAGAGACAGGAAAUGGAGGAAAGAUACAGGGAAAGACACACAGGCAAAUCGGCCCCGGGCCUGCACGGGACGCGAACCCGGGCCGCCCGCACUGCAACGCGGCGUGUGUAUGUGGUAUUGUGCUUCACCACUAAGCCACCCAGGCGCAUGCGCAGUAUGACGUUCAAUAGUUAGAGGUUUGUACUUGUAAAUUUGUGAUUUGUACUUGUAUUGUUGAGAAGUUGUAACUUUGUAGAUUGCAUUCGAAAUACAAAUCUUAUAUUUAUGCACGUUUAUUGACUUACAUGUAUGAAUUUAGACUCCUUACACAUACAUUGUUUUUGACAGUUAUCUUACCCCAUAUAUAAACACAUAUCAAUUCAUCUGUGUAUGUACAUACACAGUCCGUAUAUCCAUGGAAACGUUUGCGGCUGCGCAGUUGCUCUGUUGUUUCCCGCGCUCUGUCGCCCUCUGCUAGCACAAAGCGGCGGUGAAGGCGGAAGAAGCAGCUAGACCUAAAAUGGCGGCCGGAGCUAGGCGGUAGCGGCUUGGUUGUUUUUAACGUUAACGGCGGAAGGACGGCAGAACGGCGGGAGUCAAACUGGUAUCCUGCACACCGAUACUCCGUGACACACGCGCCGGGACCGGCACGUCUCGGCACGGCUGAUAAACCCGCCGCAGGUACGACGAUAAGAAGCGAGGAAGAAGAGGAGGAGGUGAUGCUGGAACGUGAUCGGAACGGAGAACUGUCAUUAUUGAUGAUCGAUAGUUAAGGGACUCGACUCGGAGCUCCCGCUAAACUCGCAAUGCUGAAGCAGUCGUGGCGUGGCUUAUCGACUACGUUGAUGACGUUUUUCUGAGAACAGCAGUCAAAGCCAAAGCUUCUGAUGGAUGAAGGUGGUGUUCACUGGCUGGAUUCAUGCAAGUGAUCAAUGACCAGACUGAAAGACGCACAGACAGAUGAAGCAUUACCACAGCAGCUCAGGAGGCUGCUAUGCUGUGACGUGUUGAUUCUGCCCACUCCCUGAGGAGGAGAUGGCGGCUGAAUUGUUCUCCACCAGCCUCCCUCAUGGCGAGGAGGUGGAGGUUUUGGAGGUGAAGAAGAGUUUCAUCCAGGUGAGCGACCCACAGCUGACCGCUGAGGACGUUUGUGGAGACACGGCCUCGCAGCCAAACAGCAACGACAGCAACCCAGAGGAAAGAGACAGCUGGCAGGCUGCCCACCCCACCCUCAGAGAGAGGAAUGCUCUGAUGUUCAACAACGAGCAGAUGGCUGAUGUCCACUUCAUUGUUGGUUCUCCAGGAGAGACUCAGACUGUUCCUGCUCAUAAGUAUGUCCUGGCGGUGGGCAGCUCAGUGUUUGGAGCCAUGUUUUAUGGAGAUCUGGCAGAGGGGCAGUCGGUUAUCCACAUCCCUGACGUUGAGCCAGCUGCUUUCCUCAUCCUCUUAAAGUACUUGUACAGCGAUGAGAUUGAGUUGGAGGCCGACACCGUGCUCGCAACACUUUACGCCGCUAAGAAGUACAUUGUCCCUGCAUUGGCGAGGGCCUGCGUGGCCUUCUUGGAGACAAGCCUGGAGGCAAAGAACGCCUGCGUGCUGCUGUCUCAGAGUCGGCUGUUCGAGGAGCCGGAGCUGACGCAGCACUGCUGGGAGGUGAUCGACGCUCAGGCCGAGCUCGCUUUGCGGUCUGAAGGCUUCUGUGAGAUCGACUUGCCCACACUGGAGAUCAUCCUGCAGAGAGAAACGCUCAACACCCAUGAGGUCGUGGUGUUUCAGGCAGUGCUGUGCUGGGCGGCGGCUGAGUGUCGGCGGCAGGGCUUGACGGUGACCCCCGGGAAUCAGCGCACGGUGCUGGGUAAGGCCCUGUACCUGAUCCGAUUCCCUUCCAUGACACUGCAGGAGUUUGCAGAUGGGGCGGCACAGUCAGAUGUGCUGACACUCAAAGAGGCCCACGAUGUUUUCCUGUGGUUCACAGCCACCAACAAACCCAGACUGGAAUUCCCUGUGGUGAAUCGGGUGGGGCUGGUGCCACAGAGGUGUCACCGCUUCCAGUCCUCAGCCUACCGCAGCAACCAGUGGAGAUACAGGGGGCGCUGUGACAGCAUCCAGUUUGCCGUGGACCGGAGGAUCUUCGUGGCUGGACUUGGUCUGUACGGGUCCAGUGGCAGGAAAGCCGAGUACAUUGUGAGGAUCGAACUGAAGAGACAGGGAACCGUUCUGGCCCAGAACCUCACCAAGUUCCUGUCAGAUGGUUCGAGCAGCACCUUCCCGGUGUGGUUCGAGCACCCGGUGCAGGUAGAGCAGGACACCUUCUACACGGUCAGCGGCGUCCUGGACGGAAACGAGCUGAGUUACUUUGGCCAGGAGGGGAUGACUGAAGUGCAGUGUGGGAAAGUGACCUUCCAGUUCCAGUGCUCAUCAGACAGUACCAACGGCACUGGAGUACAGGGUGGGCAGAUCCCUGAACUCAUCUUCUACUGCUAAACCAGAACCUGGACUGAAGGACUCAAACUCAGGCAGGAAGUCAGAGCCUGCAGCUCUGAUUCAGACGAGCCACGGUGACGGAACUGUGCCGUGGAACUGGAGCUGAUUGCUGUCCGGUUCGUUAGAAGUGUUUGGUGAAUAUUAAAGUUUGUGUGAAACUGAGUGCUGCUGAUUCUUUGAGGUGAUGAAAAAAAGGAAGUUGUUGUUUCCUGCUACUAGAUGUCACUAUAAAGCCAAAGUUCAGGCUUUACAGCGCCACCUGGCAGGUGAAGUUCUGUAGCUGCAGCGCCUGAAGGAGGAGUUACUGCUUACAGUUUAUUUAUUUAAAACCUGAACUGCUGCUUCUUUCAUUGUUUUUUCUCAGUGGUCUCACACCAAGGAGGAUUUUCAGUUUGGUUUUUUUGUGUUGUGGAUGAUGAGUUUUACCUCCCUUUGUGUUCAAGGUCACAUCAGUGUGUGUAAAAUGGAAAUAAACAGAUGAAUGGUAUGACGUACAAAUUAUUUAAAGCCUGUAUUCAAUGGAAAAGUGUUCUAGACAGUAAGUGAAAUGCUGAAACUGAUAAAUGUGAUAGUUGUUUUUUAAUAAAGUACUCUUCAGCAGUU